AUGCUCACUCGCCCAAUGUCCAAGUGCGCUACGUGCCCCAAGUUUCUCUCUGGCGUGUGCAGCGGCAAGCCGCAACCCGUUGCCAGGGCGUUGGCGACCCAAGUGCAGGACCUGCGCCGCGACAAACGUGAAGGAGACAUCAGCAGCACGUUUACGACUUUCUCUGGCCGCAAGCCCGAACCCCUUCCUCCUCGCUUCCGUGACCUCAAGGUCAACCUAACCUCUGGGUUUGAAGAGGCCAUCCAGAAGAGCUGGGAUAAGCUCAUCGAAACACUCAAGGUCAAGACUGAGGAAGUGGCAACGCAGCGCGAGAAGAUGAUCCCGAUCGCAGACUUCAAGGAUGUGGCCGCUGGGACAGUGCCUGCUGAAACCGAGGCAGCGGUGCGUCGCACUGGUGUCAUGGUCGUACGCAAUGUCAUGCCCGAGAAGGAAGUCAAUGGUCUCCUUUCCGAUGCCCGCGAGUAUUUCGCAGCCAAUCCGUUCCGGGGGUUUCCCUCGGAUGAGGCUCAGAAGGUGGUGUACGAGUCCUACUGGAGUCGCUCUCAAGUACGCGCUCGUUCACACUCGAACAUGCUCGCCACACAGCGGUACAUGUUGCGUUACUACCACGCUCCAGCCGAACAGCGAGUCGACCUCAGUACCCCGCUCUCUUACUGUGAUCGUGUCCAGAUCCGCCCACCUGGCGACACAAAGUUCGCUCUUUCCCCUCACGUCGAUGGUGGCGGAAUCGAGCGCUGGGAGGACAAGGCAUAUUCGUCCACGUAUCGCGCUAUUCUUCAAGGCAGGUGGCAAGAGUAUGACCCCUGGGACAUGACUGGACGUGUCGAAGCCAACAUGAACAUGUACAAUGGUCCCGGUGGAUGCUCCGUCUUCCGCGCGUUCCAAGGAUGGCUGGGUCUCUCUGCCCACGGCCCAGAGCAAGGCACUCUUGUGGUCCAUCCCAUUCUUCAGGAGUCAACGGCAUACUGGAUGCUGCGUCCCUUCUUCAAGCCAACUGUCAAGGGUUCGCUGGAGGGCUGGAAGUUUAGCCUUGACGACACUGAGGGCAAUGUUCUCUUCCACGGCGCUAAUCCUGGUACCCCGCAAGAACACACUCCCGAGAACCACCCUCACCUGCGCCUCGAAGAAACAAUGAUCCCCUAUCCUCAAGUGGAGCCCGGAGACACUGUCUUCUGGAGCGCCGACACGAUCCACGGUACGGAGAUGAAGAACACUGGUACGCAGGAUGCCUGCGUCUUUUACAUUCCGUCUGUCCCUCUUACAGACGGCAACAUUCAAUACAUCGCCCAGCAACGCGAUUCGUUCCUCAAAGGUGUCCCACCUCCCGACUUCCCUGGUGGUUCUGGCGAGUCGCAGUACGCCGAUCGCGCCACCGUCGCCGACAUUGCUUCAGUCGAGGGCAAGCGCGCACUCGGCCUCGCCCCCUUCGAACGCGUGGCUGGCGGUGGCAAGGCGAACGCCAUGCGCAUGGCCGCCAACAAGGCUCUGGGCUAUGCUUCCGACUAG